GUUGUGUCGGGUUCCUGACCUGUAUUUCAUACUCACAGCUCGUCAACAGUGCUGAGGACUGGCGCUGGAGACCUCAGACUCUUCACAUAAAAACUUUUACAUAAACCGCGUCAGUUUCGCGAACAAGAACGUUCAUACGAGCCGAGGACGUGCCAGGAGAACAGCACCGGUCGUGUCUGCGUGUCCUUGCGGGGUGAGACGGACCCAGCCCCGAGAAGGGGUAACGCUGUGACCCGGUCCCUCCGUGGCUCAUGGUUGAGCAGUCCGCGUGAUUGAAAGGCCGGAUACAGGUUAACAAGACCAAGGUGGAUGGGAUAUUUAACUCGAUAAGGAGCGAGACGGUCACUCGGUGUAACAUCUCCGGUCUACCCGCCUCCGUGUUGAACAAACCCGUAACAGAUCCGUACAGUACUAGUGUUCCACAGACCGUAUCGUAAGGACCGAGGAAAACGACUGUAGUGGCGGGAAGACCAAGGAUACGAUUCGUGUUUACGGGGCCAAGUUUUGCGGGCUGUCGUCCAACAAUAAUCCGUACAACAACCACCGGAGUUUCUCGGAACGGAACAACAAUGGAAAGUUGUUCGGGAUGGAGCGUUUAGGGAAAAAUUUCAAAAAUGAUUCGGGGCGUUUUUAAUGCGGUUUCCGGUUGCGCUCUGACGUGUCUGGGAGCGCCCUGGCGUAUAUAAGGCAGUGGAAGUGUUCUCCGUGCAGUUACCGAAGAAACCGGGCGAGUCAGGCGAGUUUAUGUACACGCCUGUACCACUGUUUUAGAAACAGCGUUCAUCCCUACUUCCUGCAACACAUCGUGACGGUGUCUGACGACGGGGAAAGGUGUGCUGAGAGUUCACGAGUUUCCGGUCUGUGCGCGCUCACCUGAGUUCCUUUGGCCGAUCCACCCAGGCGGCAUUCGUAGGUAGCGCCGCGGGCAUGUCGGAGCAGUAGUCGAGCCGGUCCGUCAUUGGUUUCUCACCGGGGGAGGGAGAGAGGUCGGGCAGCACUGUGUGAACCAUACACACCACAAGCACAACACACGGGAGAGCGUACCUACGGACACCACACUACACCAUGGACAGGACGGUUUCUGUCGCCGCACACGCGCUAUUGCUGCUGCUAGUCGUGAGCUCUGAGGUCAGCAGGCGGGCGGAGGGACGCACAGUGCCGCAGGUGAACGAGAGAAUACGACAUUUCAGAAGUCGAAUGGUCGCUGCAGGCCGAUUGCAAUUGAGAGUACCGACGGGCGAGGUCCGGCUUCGCGGCGGCGGUGACGGCGUGACGCACAGGGGACGGGUGGAGGUGCACCAUGACGGCACCUGGGGGACCGUCUGUGACGACGAGUGGGGAAAACCUGACGCUGACGUCGUCUGCAGACAGCUGGGGUUUCCACGGGGGUCUUUAAAAGCCACGAACCGGUCGGCGUUCGGUUCUGGUGGGCUGGAGUUCAUGCUCGAUGACGUAGCGUGCACGGGCGAGGAGGUGUCACUGGCCGACUGCCGCCACAACGGCUGGGGCGAGCACAACUGCCGCGAGAACGAGGCUGCGGGCGUCAUCUGCGCCACAGACGAUGGUGACGGUCAGGAGUGUGACCUGAACGAGAACGGGUUUUACGUUGGGAACGAGAACGUCACGACGAUUGGCGGAGAGUGCCUCAGCUGGCACAGCCUCGUCAGCACCGGAAAGUUCCCGGAUGAGGCCGGGCUUGGGGACCACAAUUUCUGCAGAAAUCCCGAUAAGGACAUUCUGCCUUGGUGCUUCUACCGGAAAUCGGACGGCCGAGUCCAGUGGGGCUACUGUACAUGUACAAAAGCCGUCCCCCCGUGGAACGCGGCGAUCCCCGCCCCCGGGCGGCGCUGGGUCCGGCCCAUCGCCCCCGCCACCAUGUUCGGCAACUGGAACCCUCAGCCUCCAGUGAGUUCCUCUGUCGAGAACUGGCAGGGACUGGCCGGCGUCUUGAUCUAUGGGAACGAUGUGGUCGUUGCAAACAACCACGACGGCUACGAUAUCCGAUUGAUAGACGGCGACAACGUCUACGAGGGCCGAGUGGAGGUCUUCCAUGACGGCGAAUGGGGGGCGGUGUGCGACGAUCUGUGGGAUAUCAAGGACGCAAACGUCGUCUGCAGGGAACUGGGGUUUCCUGAUGGAGCCGUGGAGGCCACCACUCGGGGUAGAUUCGGCCAGAGCAGCGGCAACAUCGUUCUGGAUGACAUGCUGUGUACCGGGACGGAAAUUUCACUCAGGGACUGCAAGCACAACGGGUGGGGCCGCCAUGACUGCGUGGAUGCGGAAGCGGCGGGGGUCGUGUGCCGAUCCCAGACUCCACCGGAUUUGGGAAUCCCCGUCACAGAGAGCACAGACACUAGCAUUGACACUGGCGGAGCCUCCGACACGGAAUCCGGAGGUACUUCCGGAUCAGACUCCGGAGUCGCCUCCGGUGGUGAGUCCGGAAUCGCAUCCGGAUCUGAAUCCGGAGGUGCCUCUGGUACUGAGUCCGAAGAGACUUCCGCGGUGGGAUCCGGUGAGCUUCCGGACGCUGAGUCCGGAGAAAUCUCUAUUCCGGAAUCCGGAGAAAUCUCUAGCCCGGAGUCCGGAGAAAUCUCUCACUCGGAAUCCGGAGAAACCGAGCAUGAUGACGUCACUUCUGCAGAGACUCAAGAGUCGGAGGAACUCCUGCCGGUCCCAACCAUUCGCCUGGUAGGGGGGACGAACAGCAGGGAGGGACGGGUGGAGGUGUUCCUGGACGGCCGAUGGGGGACCGUAUGUGAUGACUCGUGGGACGAGAAGGACGCGCAGGUCGUCUGCAGACAGCUCGGCUUCAGUGGUGACGUCAGAGCGUGGCCACGUGCGCACUUCGGUCAGGGCACCGUCCCCAUUCUCAUGGACGAAGUGAGCUGCCAAGGUACGGAAGCGAACCUAGCGGACUGCCGGCGAGCUACAGAGGACCGAAUGGACUGCCGCCACACAGAGGACGCGGGCGUGACGUGCGGAGUACAAGAAAGUGAGGCCUUGUUCAGUUUGUUCUUCAUGUCUCGCCUUCCUACUUCAUUUCCCGUAGCCGAGGAGGAGCCAGCCCCGGUGUCUGUCCGGCUGGUGGGCGGGAGCGAGCCGUCGGAGGGCCGAGUGGAAGUGUACCACGGCGGGGAGUGGGGCACCAUCUGCGACGACAACUGGGACGACAGGGACGCAGAGGUGGUCUGCAGGGAGCUCGGCUUUGUCGGCGGCACCGCGAAGGCCUGGUCACGAGCUCGCUUCGGCAGGGGAACGGGGAACAUCCUGCUGGAUGACGUCAUCUGCCUCGGGAACGAGCCGACCAUAGCGAGCUGCAGCAGUAACGGCUGGGGCGAGAACAACUGCGACCACUCCGAGGACGCGGGGGUCACGUGUUCGGUACAGCAAGAGUACCAGAUCCGGCUGGUGGGCGGGGAGAGUGAGAACGAGGGCCGUGUGGAGGUGCUGUAUAACGGGCAGUGGGGAACCGUGUGCGACGAUCGCUGGGACGAGGCUGACGCAAAAGUCGUCUGCGCGCAGCUGGGGAUCGAGGGAGCGUCGGAAGCAAUCGGGAAGGGUGCGUUCGGCAGGGGGGACGGCCCGAUUCUCAUGGACGAGGUGCGGUGCGAGGGUACCGAGAAGUUCCUGUCUGACUGCCCGCGGUCCAACUGGACUGUGCACGACUGCUCACACAUGGAGGACGCCGGGGUCAGGUGCAACGUGCGGCCGGCAACGCCGCAGAGGACAGGUCCAACCAUACGCCUAGUGGGCGGUGCCAAUGAGAAGGAAGGGAGGGUGGAAAUCUUCCACAACGGCCAGUGGGGGACCGUGUGUGACGAUCACUGGGACAAGAAGGACGCUGCAGUCGUCUGCAGGCAGCUCGGAUACACAGGCACGUCGCUAGCUCGGACAGGGUCUUACUUCGGGCGGGGCGAGGGAGUGAUCCAGUUGGAUAACGUGGACUGCGUCGGGACGGAGACCAGCCUGGACAUGUGUCCGCACCCCGCCUGGCAGGCGCACGACUGCAGUCACAAGGAGGACGCGGGCGUCAUCUGCGACUUCGACGAGACCUCGUUUUCGGGAGAGUGCGGGCGGAGGUACGUGCUUCCGCAGACGGCCACGCGGGAGCAGCGCAUCGUGGGCGGCUCGGAGGCGACCCACGGCGCCUGGCCCUGGAUGGUCGGGCUGAAGCUGAAGGACGGCCGCCACUCCUGCGGGGCCACCCUGGUGGGGGACUGCUGGGUCGUCACGGCCGCACACUGCUUCCACAGGUACCGUAAGGAGGAGUACAUCGUGCGGGUGGGAGACUUCCACUACGCCCGCCGGGAGCCCUACCAGGAGGACUUCCUCAUCGAGGACUUCUUCACCUACUUCUACGAUCACGACUCCACCAACAACGACAUCGCGCUCAUCAAGCUGCAGCGGAACGACGGCCGCUGCGUCAAGACAGGACAGUUUGUUAACCCUAUUUGCCUGCCCGAGUCCGAAAACCAGUUUAGGGAGGGACACCCUUGUUAUAUUGCAGGCUGGGGAAGCGACGGCCACGGCUACUCCGCCACGCUCCGCCAGGCGCGCGUCCCCCUCAUCUCUCGCGAGACCUGCCGCCGGCGCUACGGCUGGAAGUUCCUGGACAACAUGUUCUGCGCGGGCGUGAUGGCGGGAGGAGUCGACUCGUGCCAGGGCGACUCGGGCGGCCCGCUCAUGUGCGAGCAGGACGGACGGUGGACGCUGUGGGGCGUGACGUCCUGGGGCUACGGAUGUGGAAUCAGGAACUUUCCCGGUGUGUACACCAGGGUUUCCCGAUUCACCUCCUGGCUCAACAGAAUAAUGGGUGAGGAAUGAUGACGUCACGACGAUACCGACGUCACCAUCCGUCACCUGUUGCUGGUGCCCGUGUAUGAUGACGUCAUGUUUCUGGUGACGUCACCAAACAAGGGUAUCGUGGAUAGAUGUAGGUUAUAUGGAAGGGAGGGGGUAUAAUUAUUUCUGUCUUAUGUGGGCGAAUGAUGACGUCAUUUAUGUCAUCAUGCGUCAUAUGUGACGUUAAAUGUACGAAAAGUGAUAUCAAUUUUGGACAUCAUUGGAUUGUGUAACAUGGCAACAGGUAUAUUAUCGAUAUUUUGUGUUAUUUGUAAAUAAAUGUGUAAAAUGAUUAUAAAAAUGUUGGUUAAUGGUAACACUAAAAGCUCUUAAGUAAUGGUGAACGUAGUGUAAAACUUUAGAUUAUUAGCUGAUGUUGGACAUGAAUUUCAUUGUUCCUCUAGUUACAAUUAAAGAGUGUAGAGACAUGAAAAAAACAUUUAACAGCUGGGAACAUUUCGGAAAACAUGCACCAUAAACCGUGAGAACGCAGUGCCCCCGCGACCCGGGAAUAGUGGGGUAAGGGACCAAAGUACAAGGUUCAAGAACGUCAGAAUAUCGUGAGGCCUACUUAGAUACUGCUUAUACUAGUAUAGAUUGUGGUUAUAUUUUUUGGCGCUAUUACCAAACUAUAAAUAUUGAUGCAAACUUGUUGAAAACAUCUGCUUAUUCGUUACUGUGCUACAAUUGUGAUGGAAGGCGUUUCGAAGGCGAUUGUCCACGUUGUUGUAUUCAAAAGUGUUUCUUUUAUCUUACGAAUGUUGUAUUCUGGUGCUAAUUUCCACGUUAUUGAUUCCAGUUCAUGAUUAUGUUUAUGCGGUUUUUAAGAGGUCUUUGAUUUGUAAUCAUACAUAUUAUAAUUAUCGUUGAUUGUACAAUGUUUGCAUCCAUGAACAUUACAUCAAAGUUACAGCUGUAAAUAAAAGAACCCUUCUCAUAA